CCCUCUUAAGGAGCCUGAUCCCGCCCCUCCCAGUUGUCAGACCACCCCCAGGCCGCCUCUCCCUUAGGCUCCCCUCUGGCCUAGAGGCUCUGCUUGUCUUCUCACCCCAGGAGGAGAGCAAGGCGAUGGGUCUGCCCCUGCUGCUGCCCCUGCUGCUGCAGCUGCCAGCAUCUCUGCAGGCUGGAGGCUCAGCAAAAUGCAAAUCAGGCCCUGCUUUUCAAGUCGACCAACCAGCGCACCUCUCAGCCCCUGUGGGUGGUUCCAUCUGCAUCCCCUUCUCCUUCUGUUACUCCUGGGAGUUAGCCAAGGAUCCCAGGGUGAAAAUAUCCUGGAGAAGGGGACACUUCCAUGGGGAGUUCAUCUACAACACAACCCCACCUUUCACCCAUGAGGAUUACAAGAGCCGCCUCUCCCUGCUCUGGACAGAGGGCCAGAGGAAUGGCUUCCUCCAGAUCUCGAACUUGCGGAAGGAGGACGAGUUUGAAUACUUCUGCCGAGUUUGUUUGAACACACAGACAGGACAAACUGAGGAAAUGUGGCAGUCCAUUGAGGGGACCAAACUCACCAUCACCACAGCCACCGAGAAACCCACAGAGGGGCCCACGAGCACCAUCACCACCACCACAGAUGGCGUCAAUGUCUCUGAGAAAGAGAGGAGCUCAGGGUCUUGGCACUUGACUCCAGGAGCUAUAGCUGGGGUGGCAGUGGCCAGUGCUGUGCUCAUAACUGCAAUUUUGGGAAUGUUGGUCUGCCUCAGGUGGAAGAGAAGGAAAGCUCUGCAGACGAAAGCAAGAGCCCCAGACACGGGAUCCUUCCAUAACACUGAGGAGAAGUAUGAGAACAUUGGGAAUACAGGACAACAUGAAGACCCCAAGCUGGACCCAAAGGUUGAUGGCAUCCUCUAUGCCUCCCUCGUCCUUGCCAGCUCGACCUCACCGUCAGCACCUCCCUGCCACCCUGUCCACAACAGCCCCCGGGAAGAGACCCUAUACUCUAUGCUAAAGGCCUAAGGAGUGGGACUGAAUGAUGACCUCCUUACAGAAAGCCGCUCACAGGGAUCACCACUUCCUAUAAUAGGCCCAGCCAGUCACAGAUGACUCAGAAGUCAACAGACGUCAAAGGCCACCAAGGACCUGAGAGAAACAGCCAUUUGCUCCAGUUCCCUCUUCAACUUCUUGCCCACAAAAAUAAAAGAACAUGUAGGAUUUAUCUAAAUGCCAUCUAAGGAGAAAAAUGAUGUCACCUUCAACUUCUGUCCUUCUCACCAAAAAUGAACUGUAAUAGCACACACCCAAGA